UCCCGCGUCCCCGUGGGUCUCCAGCCCGGGCCCGGCCGGGUGGCGGCAAGAAGCUCUCUCAGGGCAGGUCGCGGGGGCCCGGGAUAGCUCCAGAUCGCGCGCGUUUGGGCGCGAUUUUCAGCUUGCCUGUCUUUGGAAAAAGAACGGUGCACGAGGAAUAUUGUUGCCCCUCCAAGGCUCAGCAGGAUGAAAGUCAUCACUUGUGAAAUAGCCUGGCACAACAAGGAGCCUGUGUACAGCCUGGACUUCCAACAUGGCGCGGCUGGCAGGAUCCACAAACUGGCGUCCGCGGGGGUGGACACCACCGUGAGGAUCUGGAAGGUAGAAAAAGGACCAGAUGGAAAGGCCAUUGUUGAAUUUUUGUCCAACCUUGCUCGCCAUACCAAAGUCGUCAAUGUCGUGCGUUUUUCUCCAAAUGGGGAGAUUUUAGCAUCAGGAGGAGAUGAUGCCAUCAUUCUGCUGUGGAAGGUGAAUGAUAACAAGGAGCCAGAGCAGAUUGCUUUUCAGGAUGAGGACGAGGCUCAGCUGAAUAAGGAGAACUGGACCGUGGUGAAAACCCUGAGGGGCCACCUAGAAGAUGUGUAUGAUAUUUGCUGGGCAUCUGAUGGGAAUUUCAUGGCUUCUGCCUCCGUAGAUAACACGGCCAUCAUAUGGGAUGUCAGUAAAGGACAAAAGGUCUCAAUCUUUAAUGAACAUAAAAGUUACGUACAAGGAGUAGCCUGGGAUCCUUUGGGUCAGUAUGUUGCUACCUUGAGCUGUGACAGGAUCCUGAGGGUGUACAGCAUCCAGAAGAAACGUGUGGCUUUUAAUAUUUCGAAGAUGCUGCCUGGAGUAGGGGCUGAAGGGGAGGCAAGAAGUUACCGGAUGUUUCAUGACGACAGCAUGAAGUCGUUCUUUCGCAGACUCAGCUUUACUCCUGACGGGUCUUUGCUCCUCGCACCAGCCGGAUGCGUGGAAUCUGGUGAAAAUGUAACGAACACAACUUAUAUUUUCUCCAGGAAAAACCUUAAGAGGCCUAUUGCUCACCUCCCGUGUCCGGGGAAAGCGACACUUGCUGUCCGCUGCUGUCCCGUCUACUUUGAGUUGAGGCCGGUGAUGGAAACAGGUACCUCAGAAGGACCAUCAGGACAGCUGGUGCCGCUGCCCUAUCGCCUGGUGUUUGCUGUGGCUUCUGAGGACUCGGUGCUCUUUUACGACACCCAGCAGCUCUUCCCUUUUGGUUACGUGUCUAACAUACAUUACCACACCCUGAGUGACAUUUCCUGGUCCAGCGAUGGGGCCUUCCUGGCCAUUUCUUCCACGGAUGGCUAUUGUUCAUUCGUGACAUUUGAGAAGGAUGAACUUGGAAUACCUUUGAAAGAAAAGCCAGAUUUGAGUGAGAAAACUCCUGACACAGCAAAGAAAACUAAAAGUCAGACACACCAAGGGUCUCUGCCAGGACCCAGACUGGCAGAGGGAACACCCACCAGCAGAAUCCAAGACCCCAGCAGUUCCUGUACGACCCCCACUCAGGCGAAACCGUCUCCAGCCCUGACAGCGGCCAAGGACACGGCCCCGACUGCUGCUGCCGCCAGAAGCUCGGUGCCCGGGCCUUCGGAGGACAAAGCCCUGCAGCCCGGCAGUCAGCACCCGAAAGGCCCCCCGUCCCGGAGGGUCACGCUGAACACACUGCAGGCCUGGAGCAAGACGACACCCCGGAGAAUAAGCUUAAUACCCUUAAAGACAGAUACUCCACUGAAUUCUGCACCAACCAGUGUGAUUUCCACCUCUUCCACAGAAGAAAUUCAAUCAGAGGUGCCUGGAAACCCUCAAAGCAGUCCUCCGGAACUAAAGCGACCCAAACUCGGUGAAAACGAAGGAAAUACCCAAGGUCUGGACCCUUGAUGAGACCUGUCUUGUGCUUGAAGGCUACCAGGUCUGGGGACCCCCAGCUGCACAGGGAAGGGGCUACCUAGGCUGAAGACCCCUGAGACCAGGGCCAUCAGAAGGAGCCUGUUGGACACUAGUAAAUUGAUUUCUGUAACAUAUACACAAACCGGUUCUUCUCCAGAAAUACGUUUGCUCUGUGGUCAGUAUAUAAUUUACCUCGGAGAUGUGAACGUUGCAAUAGACAAAAUCCUCUUUUUGAUGAGUUUCUGAAACUGGAGCCUGGUGUGGAAAUCAGUCAGCCCUCCCUGACAUACUUCUGUGAAAGGACAGACACUUUGUGGGUGGACUCCUAAAGUUGGAAUUGGAAAGUAAUUUGUGAAGGUUUCUUCUGUCGAAUUUUAGAAUGUUUGAAUGGUUAUUAGAUUUAGCUUCUAAAUAGUUGAUUCAUUUUUGGAAUUUUAUUAUAUUUGCUUUCUGAUUUUAAAGGUAAUAAUGCUCCUAGUAAGUUAGUAAACUAGAGUAAAGUAGAGAAAGGGGGUUGGAGGUGGAGCUCCCCAUCAUCACACCCCCAGACGGAAGGAACCCUUGUUACUGUUUUGGCGUAUUUCCUUCACAUUUUUAUUCUGUUUUGUUGUCUUUUUCUUUUUAGGGAGAAUUGAGAUUUUCCUUUAGGUACAAUUUGGUAUCCCAAGUAGGUUAACUGUUUAGAUUGAUUUUUUUAAAGCA